GGUGGGGUUUGGUGGCCGGCUGUCACACUGACGAGUGCAAUGAGAGUGGACAGCCUGAAGUACCGCUGUCUUUUAAGCAUCAAGAGUUGCAGUCGGCGGUAGCCAAGCUUUUGAAAGGAGGAACGUUUUGCGGGCAAAUUUCUGAGCAAGAACUCUCAUGUGGUUAGGCUGCUGAAAGAAGCUCAUGAGUGUCAGUUGCUGUGAAAGCUGAUUGGACAAUGUCAGAAAAUAUACUGGAAGACGUUUUUAUAAAACGCUCUCAGCAGAAGAAGAAAACUUCUCCCCUCAACUACAAGGAGAGGUUGUUCAUACUGACACAAAACAAGAUAUCCUACUAUGACUAUGAUCCUGAGAAAGCGAAGAAGAAAGGCUUAAAGGGGACCGUAGACAUUGAGAAGAUCAAGGGUGUGGAGAAUGUGGUUACAGAAAAGAAUGCCCCGGCCGAGCGGCAGUACCCGUUCCAGAUCAUCUACGAUGAAGGCCCACUGUACAUCUUUGCGAAGACAGAAGAAGUUCGCAGAGAGUGGCUGCAUAAACUGAAGCAAGUGGUGCGGUUCAACACGGACCUGAUGCAGAAGUACCACCCGUGCUUCUGGGUGGAUGGGAUCUGGCUUUGCUGCCAACAGGAGGUCAAGCAAGCCCUGGGCUGCCGAGUGCUGGAGUCGCAGAAUGGAGCAUUUACUGGUAAAGGGUCAAGAAGAAAAUCCAGGAAACCACUUCCUCCUACACCAGAAGAGGAGAAGUCUAGACCACUCCCACCACAGCCCCCACCCCGACUGCCAGAAGCAGCCCCAGGAAUGACAGCCAUUGCAGAAUAUGACUACACGCCCAUGACAGACGUGGAUCUGCAGCUUCGCAAGGGCGAGGAGUACACUAUCCUCGAAAUGGUGGACACCAACUGGUGGAGAGCCAGUGACAAAAAUGGCAAGGAAGGCUACAUUCCAAGUAAUUACGUUGUGAUGGCUGGAAGUGGUCUUGAGAAGUUUGAUUGGUACUGCAAGAACAUGAACCGCAGCCAGGCCGAGAACCUAUUGAGAACGGAGAACAAAGAUGGAGGGUUUUUGGUGCGAGAGUCAAGCAAAGCUGGAAAAUACACCGUCUCCUUGUUCACCAAGGGUGUAGGGGAUUCAUCGGGUAGCUGCAGGCACUACAACAUCUGCACCAACCCACAGGGCCAGUUCUAUCUAGCUGAAAAGCACAACUUCCCCAGCAUCCCCGACCUCAUCAAUUACCACCAGCACAACGCAGCAGGCAUGGUUUGCAGGCUGAAGUACAUCGUUUCAAACCAGGCUAGGAACGCACCCUCCACUGCUGGCCUCGGAUAUGGGGUCUGGGAGAUUGACCCACGGCACUUGACCUUCAUCAGAGAGUUGGGCACCGGGCAGUUUGGCGUGGUGAAGUACGGGAAAUGGCAGGGGCAGCACGACGUGGCCAUUAAAAUGAUCAAAGAGGGCUCCAUGUCGGAGGACGACUUCAUCGAAGAGGCCAAAGUUAUGAUGAAGCUCCGCCAUGAGAACUUGGUCCAGUUGUAUGGCGUCAGCACCAAACAAAGGCCCAUUUAUAUAGUCACGGAGUUCCUCUCCAACGGCUGCCUGCUCUCCUACCUCCGUGAAGACCUCAAACACCCAUCCACCAUCCUGCUUCUGGAGAUGUGCAAGGAUGUGAGCGAGGGCAUGGCUUACUUAGAGUCCCAGCAGUACAUACACAGAGAUCUGGCUGCCAGGAACUGUUUGGUGGAUAGUAAUGGGACAGUUAAGGUCUCUGACUUUGGAUUAUCAAGGUAUGUCCUGGAUGAUGAGUACACCAGCUCUGCAGGGUCAAAGUACCCUGUACGUUGGUCCCCCCCUGAAGUCCUCCUUUACUGCAAGUUCAGCAGCAAGUCUGACAUCUGGGCAUUCGGGGUUCUGAUGUGGGAGGUCUACACCUUAGGCAAAAUGCCUUAUGAUCGUCUAAAUAACACAGAAAUUGUGGAUAAAGUUUCCUCUGGUCUGCGCCUCUAUCGCCCCCAGCUGGCCACUGAGCCAAUUUACAGAAUCAUGACAGUCUGUUGGCAUGAUAAGCCUGACGAGAGGCCCACAUUUCAGGAUCUUGCAGUUACAAUUCAAGACCUGCUGUAUGAGCUUCAAUAAGCCUGGAUUUGGGACAUGGACCUCAUAACCAUCCACUUCCUGUAGGACCUCCUGCCUUUUUGUGUCCUCACAUGGAAAGCAGCUGACCUCCCGCUCUUGCGUGUGCUUGCUGGUUUGCUGUAGCCAGUAGCGCUUAGUAGCUCGAGAACACCCAGCAUCCAGCUGAAGAUCUUGAGGGUGAAAUAUUCCUCACAACUGCUCACAAUCCAUGGAUCUUGAAAGAACUUCAACAAAAUGUGUAUGGAUAUUUGUGUGUAAAACGAACAGUGUGAUACUUUGAACGAUGGACAUUUUCUUCUGUAGCAAGUGUGCUCUUUAGGUUCAGAUUCCUGUACUGGCAGUGAAAAUAAUCUAAUUUAAUGCACAUAAUAUCAUAAUAAUAAUAAUUAUUAUUAUUAUUAUUGUUAUUAUUAUUAUUAUUAUUAUUAUUAUUAUUAUUACUACUACUACAUUAGUAAUUGUCAUAAGCAUAAACUGAGAUGGUUGAGAAAUAUUUUUAAACUAUUAUAAAGCACUGUAAUUUCAGGAAGUCUUUGAAUGUCAAAGCGUAACUGAAGAACUCACCACUUAAUGUUUUGAAUGGCU